CUGAAGUUUGCGACAAAAAUGCGCGCGUAAGACGACCCACGCACCACACCUUGCCGACCAGGAGCCAGCCUUUGCCCAAGGCCGAUGAGAGCGAGGAUUAUUUCGGCGUUUUUCGGCGGUUGACCUGCGAAGUUCCACGGCGCGGGUGAACACAGGUGAAAAGAAGACUGCAUGAUUAAGAUGCGGGAAUAUAAAGUGGUGGUGCUCGGCAGCGGAGGGGUGGGGAAGAGUGCACUGACCGUCCAGUUUGUGACCGGUCAGUUCAUGGAAAAGUAUGACCCCACCAUCGAGGACUUCUAUAGGAAGGAGAUCGAGGUCGACGGAGCGCCGUCGGUCUUAGAAAUCUUAGACACGGCCGGGACGGAACAGUUCGCGUCCAUGAGAGACUUGUAUAUCAAGAACGGACAAGGAUUUUUAUUGGUGUACAGCCUUACUAACUACCAAACGUUUCAAGACAUCAAGCCAAUCAGAGAUCAGAUUAUAAGAGUGAAGGGGACGGAGAAAGUCCCGCUGGUAUUGGUCGGGAACAAAGUCGACCUGGAGAGCGAGAGAGAAGUGCCUACGUCAGAGGGAAAGGCCCUGGCGCAGAGUUGGGGCGUACCGUUCCUGGAGACGUCGGCGAAAAGUAAACACAACGUGGACGACGUGUUUGCGGAGGUAGUCCGAGAAAUGAACUUUGUGCAACUCCCAGACCAGAAGGAUGCCUGCUGUACAUGUGUUAUAGUGUAACCAAUACAGAUAUGUACAGAGAGACUCGGAGGACAGACAUCUUUCUACGCCUGUUUGUGUACGAGACAUUUGGAGGUGGCUGCUUCCCAUGAUGCAAUGCAGAAGAUUCCACCCAGAGCCCAACAUAGCAAACCUUCCUGCUAAAUCUGGCCACAUCUGGUCCGAGGCAGUUUGUACUUGUAAUGUAUUAUACUAAAUGACAACAUUGUUGUCCCCGGUUUAUAGAAAACCAGGGGACAAAUUUGUAUUGUGUACAGGAUUGACUGCAACACAGUCUUUCAAAUUUGCAGCCAUCUUGAACACCCCUCUGUACAGAGUUCAGUGGCCUAAUGUAAGGACACUCUUCAAAAAAAUGUGGACUACACUAUUUUCCUAGAGGGGUGCAGCCAAUGACAAUUGAGAAAACCCUUUCCUAUUGAAAUGUUUUGGACUAUUAGUUUGUAUGAUAUUUGCUCAGAAAUGUUAGUAGUGGAAGAGUCCACUUUGAAGAUGUAGGGGUUGUCAGGAUACACUGUACAGAUAAUGAAUUGUGGUGAAAUACUUGAUGGCAAGUCCACGUCUUCCUUUUAGCACAGCAAAGCAACAUGCCGAGCAGUGGCCUUAAUUUUUCUGAAGUCAACCCUUUCAUGUGUCUACAGGAUGACCUGUACAUGUACUCUACCACGUAGGAAGUGAUACACACUCAUUUUCCUCAAAAUCUACAUAAUGACAGAGAAAGAUGUACGUGUAACAUCUACUGUUAAAUAAUUCCGCCACCCUGAAAAAAUAUGUCAAAACAAAUCUCCAACCACAGCCCCCCACCCCACUCCCCAGUAUACUGUAAAUGCAUUUAAGUUCGCGGGGCUUUAAUUUUGCGGUAGCGGGAAAAAGGACUGUUCGCGGUAGCACCAUGCACUGUAAUCUCAUACUGACUACUGCCAUGGUAAAAAUGUUGGCAUUGUUUUUAAGUUCACGUGAAGUGUCCAAAACAAAAACGACAAACAGAAAACCACCGCGAACAUUUCUGCAUUUACAGUACUAAAAUGCACUCCUGUCCUGUAUAUCUAAACUGUGCAUACCUGGGGGGAGGGGGGUGGACUAGAGGCCACCCAAAAUUGGUGGAUAUAUGUUCCCCAGUAGAGUAAUGUUCAAGCAUGUUACAUGUUCCCUCUAUACAUGUGGUACACAGUUUCAAGUAUGAUGCAAUUUCAAGUGUCUAGUCUUCUAAGUGGUGCAACAUUUGGAGUGAUUUACGACAAAAGUAUGAACACUUGCGACCUCCUGCCCAAGACUUCCAUCCUCUGCUGUUAUCAGCACCAACAAGAUUUAUUACCGGCCUUCCUUGCUAUGUAAGAUCGCUG